GACAUCGGCAGUCAGGCGCCAUGGGGUGAGCCAAAUAUCAUAGCAACGACAAACGCCUUCCGGGGCCCCGAUCAGCGUUCUGGAGUCUUUCUCGGCUCCCGGUUACACGAUGUCCAGAAGUGUCUUUCUAAUCACUACCACGUCUCGAGUAUCACGCUGAGAGUGAGAAUAUAAAACCUCCAUUGACUACCCUUCCAUGCCGAUCGUCCAAACCAGUCACUUCAAUCUCCAAUCUCACCUCAUCUCAUCUUCCAGAGAUCAUGGGUUUCACAACAGCCUGGAAGCGGCUCACGCCUUCUCAGCUCAACAUCGCAAUUCAGACAUUUGCUUUGAUCUCCAUCUUCUUCGAAGGCUAUGAUCAGGGUGUCAUGGGAGGUGUCAACGCCUCACCAAAUUACGUGCGAGAAGUCAACAUCGGUACUGCUGAUGGUACUGUCACAAACACUACCAAGCAGGGCGGUAUCGUCAGUGUCUAUUAUCUCGGUGCCAUCGUUGGGUGUUUCGUUGGUGGCUGGGCGGCCGAUCGCAUUGGCAGAAUCAACGGCCUGUUCUUCGCCGCCAUCUUCGCUCUGAUCGGAGGUGCUCUCCAAGCUGCCACUCAGAGUGCUGAUUUCAUCAUUGUUGCUCGUGUCGUCACUGGUCUCGGUACUGGAGCUCUUACUGGUAUCACUCCCGUACUUGUCUCGGAAGUCUCCAGCGCAGACCACCGUGGUGGUUUCCUGGGCUAUGUCUUCAUCGCAAAUUACCUCGGUAUCUCCGUCGCUUACUGGCUCGACUUUGGACUAUCCUUUGUAGACAAUGGCGAUUCGGCAGUUCGCUGGCGCUUCCUUCUCGCUUUCCAAUGUCUUCCCGCUCUCCUGCUCCUUGCAGGUAUUAAAAUGUUACCCGACUCUCCUCGUUAUCUUGCAUCCGUCGGCAGAAAUGACGAAGCCCGCGAUGUCCUCGAACGGGUUCGAGGAGGCCACAACUCUGCAGCCGUAGAGCAGGAGUUCAACGAGAUCGUCGCCAUGGCUGAGGACACCAAGCCUGCUUCUCCUAUCGAGUUCAUUAAGAUUAUACUCGGACUCAACAAGGGCGGUCAUCUUGGCCGCAGAGCAUGGCUCUGUAUCUGGCUACAAAUAAUGGCUUCCUGGACUGGUAUUACUGCCGUCACUGCAUACUCGCCUGUACUAUUGCGUCAAGCAGGAUACAGUGAAAUCAAGCAGAACGGUCUGGCCGGAGGUCUCAACACUAUCGGUAUAGUCGGUACCAUCAUCUCCGCUCAAAUCGUUGACCGUCUCGGAAGACGUAAGUGUCUGAUGUACGGUGCUGCUGGUUUGUUCCUUGUCAACCUGAUUGCCGCUUCUCUUUACGAAGCAUCGCGCAGCAACCCCUCGAUUGCAAGCAGUAUUGCCCCUGCUGCAGUGACUAUGCUGUUCCUCUUCAACCUCGUCUACGCCUCUACCUGGGGCACGGUAGCCUUCUUGAUCCCAACAGAAAUUUUCCCCAGCAGAAUGAGAGCACAAGGAAACGGUUUCGGUAUCACCGGCUGGGCCAUCGGUGUGGGUAUGACUGUCUUGGUGAACCCAAUCAUGUUCGGCAACAUCCAGAGUCGUACAUAUUUCCUCUUCGCCGGAUUGAACUUCAUCUGGAUCUUCAUCGUCUACCUGAUCUACCCAGAAACCUCCAACCGCUCUCUCGAGUCUAUUGAAGCCAUGUUCACCACCUCACCAUUCUACUGGCAGAUGGAGAAGGCAUAUGCUGAGAACAAGGACAUGUUCAUCAACAAGCACGAGUUGGAUGCGAAGGAGAAGAAGCUUGCGUACACCUCCCACGAUGAACUACCAAAGGUGUAGAGGCGGAGUAAUGACUUUAUUUAGGGGAUCUUAAAUGCUGAAGAUAAUCUGAACAGUCCUCGAAGAAGAAUUCUGCCUGUGGAAGUUGUCAUCUUGGUCCACUUCCACUUCCCAGCUCUAUAAGUCCUCUUCCAAUCAGCCUAUUGAUGCAGUGUCUGGUUCGACAUGAACACGUGUAUCAUGUUUCACAUAAGUAGAAGCUGUUAACACCAAGUUGCUUGUCUCACUUGUAUUUUGACAUGGGAAUAAUGGUUAUGGGGAUGACCCUGGUCGAACUUAUCCAG